AUGGCUGAUCUGCUGAGACUACCGUCCGGACUCCGAGCGCUCGCGGCGCACCUUGAGCACGACGACAGGCCCAGUGCGAUUGCUGGGGCGGAUUGUGGUGUCGUCUCUGGGAAUGCGCCGUUCCGCGCUCUCGAGGCCUCGCAGCCAUCGGUUGCGGAUAUCGUGAAGCAGUGGACAGAGCGGCAGAAGAGGGAGGAGCAGCAGCGGCAGCAGCAGCCGCGCGAUGGCUCUGCAGACUGGCUGGAAGGGCACACGGGAAGGAAGUGGAAGGAGACGCGAGUCUUGGAUGGCUAUAGUACGCUCGUGUGCAUCGAUCAGGGCGGUGGUGUUGGGUGCGAAGGAGGGACCACUUCGCCAGUUCAGAGCCGCUUGUACAUACCUGGCGUCCCGUCACGUAUGCAAUUCGUCAAUGAAUUCGACUGGACGUCCACAGACCUGGGCCCGGUGGAGUCGUGGAAUGUGGUCUUGAGGACUAGUUUGACCUACCUGAUGCACAACCCAAAUCCUCGACUUAUGAUCUGGGGCCCAACACAAGUGCUGUUGUACAAUGAGGCGUCCUUGCCCAUCCUGGAUGGGAAGCAUCCACAGAGUUUCGGACAGCGUGCCUCUGACCCACUCGCGGACAUAUGGCAUGAAAUUGGGCCCAAGAUCAACACAGCCAUGACAGGUCAGCCCACUUUGCUUACUGAGACCAUGGUCUUACUACAACGCAACGAGCACAAGGAGGAAUCGUACUGGGACAUCUCCUUCCUUCCCAUACUUGGACAGGAUGGACAUCCAUUGGGUCUGUUCUGUGAGCUGCUAGAGACGACACCCAAGGUGCGCGGAGAGCGUCGACAUCGAAGUAUACUACAUUUGAACGAUUGUUUGGCUGCUGCUCAGACGCUGGAUGAGCUCUGGCCUGCUCUGUUCACUGGCUUGAAGUACGCUACCGAUGAUGUGCCAUCUGCGAUGUUCUAUUCAGCGACAGACGCCGUGGAGGAGCAGGAGUCAAACAGCUACCCAGUUAAGUGUGUCUUGCAUGAUACCAUUGGCUUGGACGGCAAGAAUCCACACAUCUUACAAGCUUUCGGUCUAGAAGAGGGUCAGUCUGCUAACACAGAUCUCAUUGACCCCUGUCUGACAACCUGGAGGACAAAGCAGCGCGUUAUGCUCAGCAGCCAGGAAUCCUCUAUUCCAAGUGCUUUCGCAGAUCCCGAGCUGGAUUCUGAUGGUCGGAAAACGAUGCAGCGUGUCAUUGUCGCCCCUGUCAGAUCACCAGUCGACGAUCGGAUCUUUGGCUUCUUCCUGAUGGCCCUCAACCCGUAUUGUCCACUGGAUCAGGAGUAUAUCCUUUGGACGAACCUCCUCACAGACAUGCUUACGAAGACUGCUACGCUCAUUGUACUCCCGGAAGAGCAGCGUCGUGCUCAACGGAUCUCCGACGAGCUGACCGAAUCGCUCCAGCGACAAUUACGAUUGACUACUUUGGAGGCUGAAAAGGAUGUCGCGAAAUUCCGUCGCAUCGCCGAAAGCGCACCCACGGGCAUGAUCCUCCUUGGCGGUGACGGAGCCCCUUUGCACGUCAACGACAAGUACCUUGAGAUGAUCGGCGACACACGAGAGCACUACAUGACCCUAGUCGACGGGGCGCACCCGUUUCUGGAUCACGUGCAUCCAGAUGAUUUGGACGCCUGUCAGAAUGUGUUUAGACGAGUAUUUGAGCUGAAGGAACCGGUGACCAUGGAGUAUAGGUGCUCGACUCCUGCCAAAAUCUUCGACCAGUCAAGCGGGCAGACUACCACCGGAGAGAGAUGGUUCCUAGCUAGUGCGUUCCCUGAACUCGAUUCGAAUGGGGUGGUUGUCGCACUCUUUGCCUGGUUGAUGGACAUAUCGCAUCAGAAGCUUAGCAACCGUUUGGUUGCGCAGAGGCUCGAGGAGGCACUGGAGCAGAAGCGCCAAACGGAGAACUUUAUAGACAUGACUUCUCACGAAAUGCGCAACCCGCUGUCUGCCAUUCUGCAGAGCGCCGACGCUGUUAUCACUAUGUUGCAAGCCAGUGGCACGCCGGUCAUGGGCGAGGAGUUAGUACUGAAGCAGGACGUUGCUGAGGAAAUCAUCGACGCUGCACAGACCAUCAUAUUGUGUGCUCAGCACCAGAAACGUAUCGUCGACGAUAUACUCACUCUGUCCAAGCUCGACGCAAGCUUACUUGUCCUCUCUCCUGACAAAAUCCAACCACCACAGUUGAUCAAGAGGGUGCUGAAGAUGUAUGAGAGUGAGCUGCAGCGUGCCGAUAUCCAGGCCAAGCUUUGCAUUGAGCCAAGCUAUGGGCAGCUUAGAGUGGAUUGGAUCAUCCUUGAUUCGAGCCGCUUGCUCCAGGUGAUCAUUAAUCUGGUGACAAAUGCAAUCAAGUUCACCCAAUACAGUGAAGUUCGUAAGCUUCAGAUCUCACUGGGCGCAUCACUUCAGCGACCAUCCGGCGAGCAUCACGGGGUUGACUUCAUUCCAAUGAGGGCUGGACAGUCAUCGCAAGAUUCGGCGGGAUGGGGCGGAGACGAAGCUUUGUACUUACAGAUGGCGGUCGCGGACACCGGUAGUGGCCUGUCAGCAGACGAAAUGAAGCUGCUCUUCCAACGGUUCUCGCAGGCUUCACCUAAGACGUAUAAGCAGUACGGAGGCUCUGGUCUUGGACUGUUCAUCUCACGGGAACUGGUCGAGUUGCAGGGCGGGCAGAUAGGAGUCUCGAGUGCACCAGGAGAAACAACAUUCACAUUUUUCGUCAAGGCUAGGCGUUGGAUGCCAGGACCAAGUGACCAAGUGACUGUCCUGCCCUCGAUCACGUCUAGACUUCCGAGCGAGCUCGACAACUCAACCGCAUCUGCACGGUCAAUCAGUCCUGCGCGGCCACCAAAUACAUAUGUCUUGCAACGCCAACCGAAGUGGGCGGAAACGAGCAGGGCGACCGCAUUGGACCCUCGAGCAGGGAACAAAGCUCCGCACCAGAAUGGCCAGUCCACACCAGCAGAGACGAGUGCUGCCAACGCCAAGGAUCAGCUUCACAUACUGAUUGUCGAGGAUAACAUGGUGAACCAGAGAGUGAUGUCGCAACAACUCAGGCGAGCCGGCUGUUUCGUUCGUCUAGCCAACCACGGUGGAGAGUGUCUUGAUAUCCUGGAAGGCACGACUUACUGUUCUGGAACACAAACUUUGUCUUUGAUACUGCUCGAUCUCGAAAUGCCUACAAUGGACGGGUUGGCUUGCAUAGGACAUAUCAGAGACUGGCAAGCAAACGGCAAGAUCAAUGAGCACGUGCCGGUCAUCGCCGUGACCGCCAACGCUCGGAGCGAGCAGAUUGCGGAAGCUAUAUCGGCUGGUAUGGACGAGGUCGUAACGAAGCCUUUCACGAUACCCGAGCUCAUGCCACAAAUGCACAACCUGAGCGCCAGGAUUGGGCGUCAGAAGCCAGGAUGA